CCGGACCUGGGCUCCCCGGGCCGGUGGAGGAUCCGGCUGGUCGGUGGGAGCGACCGGAGCCCCGGCCACCAAGGGGUGCGACCCCCCACUGGCCCCGCCUUCCCGGCUGCGGUCGACCAAUCAGAGCGGCUUUUACUGGCGGGUGGGCCGAGCCGGCCCAGCUGCUCCGAGGCUCUGGCAUGUCGGUUCCCGAUUCUGGUCCCCGGCCCCCAGCAGCGCCUGCCCCCUUCCCACCGGGGCCCCCCAUGAUGCCACCACCCUUCAUGCCUCCUCCAGGAAUCCCCCCACCUUUUCCUCCAAUGGGGCUCCCUCCCAUGAGUCAGAGACCACCAGCCAUACCCCCCAUGCCACCUGGCAUCAUGCCCCCAAUGCUCCCACCAAUGGGGGCACCACCACCACUCACACAGAUACCAGGAAUGGUACCUCCCAUGAUGCCAGGAAUGCUGAUGCCAGCAGUGCCUGUCACCGCAGCGACGGCUCCGGGUGCGGACACCGCCAGCUCUGCUGUGGCUGGGACAGGCCCUCCGAGGGCCCUAUGGAGUGAGCAUGUGGCCCCUGAUGGGCGCGUCUACUACUACAAUGCUGACGACAAGCAGUCCGUGUGGGAGAAGCCCAGCGUGCUCAAGUCCAAGGCAGAGCUCCUGCUGUCCCAGUGUCCCUGGAAAGAGUACAAGUCGGACACAGGCAAACCUUACUACUACAACAAUCAGAGUAAGGAGUCCCGCUGGACCCGGCCCAAGGACCUGGAUGACCUGGAGGCUCUAGUCAAACAAGAGGCUGCAGGGAAACAGCAGCAGCCGCAGACACUACAGCCACAGCCUCCUCAGCCUCAGCCCGAUCCCCCACCUGCGCCGCCCGGCCCCACCUUGCUGCCCACAGGCCUCCUAGAACCUGAGCCGGGCGGGAGUGAAGAUUGCACCGUGUCAGAGGCUGCCCAGCCCCCAGAACAGGGGUUCCUGCAGCAGCCAGAGGAGGGCCCCGGCAGUUCUGCUGGACAGCAUCAGCCACCACAGCAAGAGGAAGAAGAAUCAAAACCAGAGCCGGAGAGAUCUGGCCUCAGUUGGAGCAACCGGGAGAAGGCAAAGCAGGCCUUCAAGGAGCUGCUGAGGGACAAGGCUGUCCCCUCCAAUGCUUCGUGGGAACAGGCCAUGAAGAUGGUGGUCACUGACCCCCGUUACAGUGCCUUGCCCAAACUGAGUGAGAAAAAGCAGGCAUUCAAUGCCUACAAAGCGCAGCGGGAGAAGGAGGAGAAGGAAGAGGCCCGGCUAAGAGCCAAGGAGGCCAAGCAGACCUUGCAGCAUUUCCUGGAGCAGCAUGAACGCAUGACCUCCACCACUCGCUACCGGCGGGCAGAACAGACCUUUGGGGAGCUGGAGGUCUGGGCUGUGGUCCCUGAGAGGGAUCGAAAAGAGGUUUAUGAUGAUGUCCUCUUCUUCCUGGCCAAGAAGGAGAAGGAACAAGCCAAGCAGCUGCGGCGCCGCAACAUCCAGGCCCUGAAGAGCAUCCUAGAUGGGAUGAGUAGUGUCAACUUCCAAACCACAUGGUCCCAGGCCCAGCAGUACCUCAUGGAUAACCCCAGCUUUGCUCAGGACCAUCAGCUACAGAACAUGGACAAGGAAGAUGCGCUGAUCUGCUUUGAGGAGCACAUCCGAGCUUUGGAGAGGGAGGAGGAGGAGGAGCGAGAGCGAGCCCGACUUCGGGAGCGGCGCCAGCAGCGCAAGAACCGGGAGGCCUUCCAGACCUUCCUGGAUGAGCUGCACGAGACAGGGCAGCUGCACUCCAUGUCCACCUGGAUGGAGCUGUACCCAGCGGUCAGCACUGAUAUCCGCUUUGCCAACAUGCUGGGCCAGCCGGGCUCCACCCCUCUGGACUUGUUCAAGUUCUAUGUGGAGGAGUUGAAGGCGCGGUUCCAUGAUGAGAAGAAGAUCAUAAAGGACAUCCUUAAGGACCGGGGCUUCUGCGUGGAGGUGAACACAGCCUUCGAGGACUUCGCCCACGUCAUAAGCUUUGACAAGAGGGCUGCUGCGCUGGAUGCAGGCAACAUCAAGCUGACUUUCAAUAGUCUGCUGGAGAAAGCAGAGGCGCGUGAGAGAGAGCGGGAGAAGGAGGAGGCCCGGCGGCUGCGGCGCAGGGAAGCUGCCUUCCGAAGCAUGCUGAGGCAGGCUGUGCCUGCUCUGGAGCUGGGCACGGCCUGGGAAGAGGUCCGUGAGCGCUUUGUGUGCGACUCAGCCUUUGAGCAGAUCACCCUGGAGUCGGAGCGGAUCCGGCUCUUUCGGGAGUUCCUGCAGGUACUGGAGACGGAAUGCCAGCACCUCCACAGCAAAGGCCGGAAACACGGCAGAAAGGGCAAGAAGCACCAUCGCAAGCGUUCCCACUCGCCUUCAGUGAGUUGGCGGGGCUCUGAGUCAGGAGACGAGGAGCUGCCCCCGCCCUCUCUCCGGCCCCCCAAGCGGAGGCGACGGAACCCCUCGGAGUCGGGCUCUGAGCCCUCUUCCUCACUUGAUUCUGUUGAAAGUGGGGGUGCUGCCCUUGGAGGACGGGGUUCCCCCUCCUCUCGCCUUCUCCUCGGAUCAGAUCAUGGUCUUCGGAAAGCCAAGAAACCAAAAAAGAAAACUAAGAAGAGAAGACACAAGUCGGAACUGAGGAGGCGGGCUCUGGGCUCUUACAGAACAGUCCCGAGAGCGAGACAGACCCUGAGGAGAAAGCUGCCAAGGAGAGUGAUGAGAAAGAACCAGAACAGGACAAGGACAGGGACCUCCGGCGGGCAGAGCUCCCUAAUCGCUCCCCAGCCUUCGGAAUCAAAAAGGAGAAGACGGGCUGGGACACGUCGGAAAGCGAGCUGAGCGAGGGUGAGCUGGAAAGACGGCGGCGGACGCUCUUGCAGCAGCUGGACGACCACCAGUGACCUGAUGCCACCGUGCCUCGGGUCUGCGUGAGGCUGUGGCUGAGUUCACCCUCGCUGUCUGCCCCAGACUUCAUCCUUAGUUGGGUCUGUGUCCACCUUUUCUCAAGUAUCCCCAACCCCAACCCACCAUUUCUGGCAUCUCCCAAGGUGCCUGUGGUGGUCAAGGGUCCCCUCAACUUCCCGGACAACUAGUGCAGUCCUUGCCCUCAGUCUCAGACCAGCGAUUGUGGUGAAGGCCAUGUGGGCGGGUGGUGCCAGAGGAUAAAAUGUGAGAAGGGGCUCCCAGAACAAGUGGCAGGCUGGUGGACACAGCCUGGGUGGCAGGGCCGGGUCCUUAGCCGCUAGCAUCAGGGCCUGCUCCCACCUCCCGAGGCCCUGGGGCUCUACCACUCCUUCCUCCAGCCCUGGGGCCCACUGUAUGUGUGUUUUGUUUUGGUUUUGUUUUUUAAAUGACAAUAUUUAUAACGGG